UCCGAUGCGAUAAGGAGUCACCAUGUUCCAACUGCAGGACUGCGAACCGGACAUGUAGUUCGACCGGUGUCGGGCAGAGACCCAAGGAAGCCCGCCAGCGGGUGCUGAUCUCGACCCAAUAGUGAGGCUGCUGAGAUCCCGGGUGCGGUCUUGUUUGUCUCCGUCGAUGGCGAUACUAACAACAUGCCCCCUUUCCCCUCCUCGUCACGUAACGACAGUGAGCGCAAGAUAGACCAUUUCGAGUCCCGCCUCACCAACAUCGAGAACAUGCUCCGCGAGUUGACCGUUUCCAUCCACAGCAGGAGCCCUUCGAUGUCGGUGUCGGCCGCCGACAGCGCACCCGCCGGCCCCGUCUCGAACGCGUCACCAGCCGCGGACAGCACCGACAUUGUGUACGGCAUCGACAACGACGACGACGCCGUCUCGGCAUUCGAAGGGGACUCCUCCAUGACCGCCCAGACCGCCUUCGCGAGCGAGUUUCUCGAGAACACGGUGACCCGGACGCUCCCCCCGGAUCUCGAGCCCGACAUGCAGUCCGCCCUGUCCUCGCUCCAGCAGAUCGUCAGCAUGCAGAACCGGCCUAGCCCCCACGAGUCCCGCUUCGUGAACGCGAAGCCGCUGCCGAAAGGCGGGCUACGCGACCUUCCCAUGCCGCCGGCCCACGUCGUCGUUGCCGCCCUGCGCGAGGCCAAAGACGCCGGCCUCGCAAGCUUCGCGACUAUCUGCACCUUUGUCGCGGCCGAGAACUUUGCCGAGCGGUGUAGCAAGGUCUACUUCGCCACCGAGGACUUCAGCCUCAUGUCGUGGGGCGUCGUCAAUGCCGGGCUGUACUUCUUGCUGCAGGAGAAGGCCUCGCUGGCCGAAGGGCCGCAACGGACGCAGCUUCUCGAGUACCAGUCCCUCUGCCGCGACAACCUCGAGACCGCCCUGACCAACUUGCCGCUGCUGAUGCCGGCGCGCAAGGAGAGCAUCGAACUUUUGUUGUUGGGCGCCAUCUACGCCAUCGAGAUCUCCAAGUUCUCGCUCGCGCGGGACCUCAACACCAAGGCGGCCACGCUGUGUCAGAAUCUCGGGUACCAUCGGAUGAGCGGCGGCGGCGCCGACACGGCCGCCAAGGCCGUCCUCUUCUGGUCGGCCUACCUGCUCGACAAGGCGCUGUCCAUCCGCUCCGGCCGCGCCCCCGUCAUCCAGGACUACGACAUCACGGUGCGCCGGGGCCUGGGCGACGGCAUCGACCUGCCCGACACGUCCUGGCGCGUCGUCCUGAACCAGUGGAUCUCGUACGCCGACUUCCUCGGGAGGGCGUAUGAGCAGCUCUACAGCCCCGCCGCGCUGGCCCGGCCGCAGGAGAGUAGGGCCGAGAGCGCCAGGCAGCUCGUCCAGACGAUGCUUGACCUAGCCAAGGAGCAAGAGCCGCUGAUGCGACACACGCGGGAGAAGAUGCGCGGCGUCAAGUUCGACGCCAACAGCCCGUUCCCCAUGGACAUGGCCAUCCUGGGCGACGAGCUGAUGCACUGGUCGGCCCUGACGCUCGUCUACCGCGCCAUCCCCAGCCCGCCCGGGUCGCCCAGCACCUUCAACCAGGAGUGCAUCCACGCGGCGCGCCAGGCCUUUGCGUGCCACCAGGAGUACAUGGAGAUGGCGGGCGACAGCCUAGCUGUCAGAGCAGGGUGUAUCCGAUGGAACAUCAUCUACGUCCCCUUCACGCCCGUCAUCAUCCUCUUCUGCCACAUCGUCGAGACGUCGGACGAGGCGGACCUGCGGCGCCUCGCCGACUUUGUCGAAUCGCUGCAGCCCGUGUGCGACGCGUCCGAGGCCGUCGCCAAGUUCCACCGCAUCUGCCAGGUGCUGCACAACGUGGCCAGCCUCUGCAUCCGCGCCAAGGCCCAGCGCCAGCAGGAGCCCCACAUGCGCGACCAGGACAUGGCCAUGGUCGGCGACAACAUCGACAUGUACCUGAGCCAGCUCGGCUUCAUGCCCCAGUUUGGCGGUGCUGGUGGUGCCGCCGGGAACACCCCCCCGGCCGGGGCGGCCUCUGGACAGUUUGGCGGCGGCAUGGCGGCCGCGGGUCUCGGUGUCGCCGCCCAGGCGAGCGAGCUGGGCAACUGGUUUUCGGGGAAUACCCACAUCCUGGGACUGCUGGAGGAGGAUCUGUCCGAGUUCGAGCCGCGUAUGUGGACGGCUAUGGGAGGGCAGUAAAAGGUUUCCCGUGGUCGGGUGUGUAUGUGUGUAUAAGCAGAAUGGCUGGCUUGUUUUUUUGUCGGUGUUUGGCGUUGUCAAAGGGGUGGCGGUCUGGAAGGCGUAAUAAAGAAUUCUGUCCUCGGAAGGUGGUGGU